AUUACUUCACUCCCAACUACCCUAAAGAUCAAAAUCCCUAAAAUCAACAAUCCAUAUCACAAUUUCCUAGCAGAACUGACGGAUCACCGGAAACUAAACGAAGAUGGGCGGCGGCAAUGCUCUCUGCAACACCGCCGCCGCCGCCGACGCCGGAGCAAGCGGCAGCAAACUCCUGGAGAUUCUAAACGUUAGGGUUAUCGGUAGUGGUGAGAAGGUGGUGGUUCUGUCUCACGGAUUCGGUACCGACCAAUCUAUCUGGAAAGGAAUCAUCCCCUUCCUUCAACGCGACCACCGAAUCGUCCUCUACGAUCUUGUCUGCGCUGGUAGUGUUAAUCCCGACCACUUCGAUUUCGGCCGAUACACCACCCUCGACGCCUACGCCGAUGAUCUCAUCCUCAUCAUUGAUUCCCUCCACAUCGGCCGCUGCUUCUUCGUCGGCCAUUCCGUAUCCGCCAUGAUCGGUAUCAUCGCAGCCAUCAGACGCCCCGAUCUCUUCUUCAAACUAAUCCUCAUCGGCGCCUCGCCUCGAUUUCUGAAUGAUCGGGAUUACCAUGGAGGAUUUGACCAAGGGGAUGCCGAGCAGGUGUUCGAAGCAAUGGAGGCGAACUACGAAGCUUGGGUGAGGGGAUUCGCUCCGCUCGCCGUCGGAGCUGAUGUGCCGGCG